CUAUCCUCCAACUCACUUUCUAGUUUCUUCUACUUUCUCUCUCUACAUAUCUUUUUUUCUCUCUCUUCUCUUUUCUCUAUUUUGUGGGUCCCUUACUCUGCAAAUACAAGCACACACAGCUGUAUAAUUAUUAUAUCUUGCACAGCCAGCAACUUCAACUUCCAUUGUAACUGCCUCAAAUCCAAUAAUUUUAACCCUAUUUUUUUUUUAUCUUCUUAUUUUCUCUCUUUUUUGUUCUGUUCUUACUAUGGCUAAACUCUCUGAAGACGGUGCUGAGAAGAGUGAGAUUCGUGCUGAGUUUGACGCUGCUUUUGGUUUUCCUAAUGAGUUUCCUUAUGAGAUUGAUUCGGUUGAGACUGAAAACAGUGACGAGGAGGAUUUCUUCGCUGGGUUGACUCGGCGACUGAGUCAAGCCUCGUUGAAUGAAACUCGGAAGGAGCAACUCACUGUUCAGAAACCAGAGGAGAAGGUUCGAGUUAUGGCUGGUUCUCCUCAGUCGACGCUUGCCGGAAUCGGAAGCUGGUCCGGUCGCAGCGGUGGUUCGAGCGAAGGAAGUCCGAAUGGUUCGACUCGUGUUCCGUCGCCAACUACUGUACCGUUUUCCUCCGAGAACGACGCUUGGGAUGUGUUGUACGCCGCUGCGGGUGAGGUUGCUAGGUUGAAGAUGAGCGUUGAAGCUUCGUUGGCUGAGAUUCAGAACAAAAGAGGAGUACUCGGUGGCCUACCACCACCUGUUGCGGCGGAGAAUCGUGCCGCGGCGUUUUUCUCAAACCCUAAUCCUUCGCUUGCUCAAUACAAUCAAGUGAAGCAACAGUGUGAUUCUGUUUGGGGAAGACAGGCCCAGGCCCAGGCUCAGGCUCAGGCUCAAGCCCACGCUCUUGCCCAAGCGAAAGCCACUAGCUGGUCGACUCAGGUUCAGAACAGAGGCUAUGAUUAUGAGGGUGUGAAAUGCACGCGCCCUAUGCCUCGUUCGGUUUGGCAUUCUCCUAUUCAAGUUAAGCAUCAAAACAACCCGGUUCUUUUUAACGGAACCGGGUCUCGACCCGGACCCGCUUCUCAAAUUGGAUCUGGUGUUAAAAAAGGAUGUGGAGGAACAGGGGUGUUCUUACCUCGUCAAUAUGUGGCCCCUCUUCCCGAAUCUCGCAACAAAACAAAUUGUGCUCCUGUUUUGGUCCCAACAAGGGUGAUUCAUGCAUUAAACAUGAACAUUGAUGAUUAUAACGGUGGUAGGCAACCUCGUUUUUCGAAUGAUUUUGCCGUGGAUUAUGAAGCAUUGUUGGCAAGGAGAAACGCUCUUCUAAUGCAGCAGAGAUUAAGGAUGCAACGUGAAGAGGCAGCAAGCUAUGAAGCUCGUCUUCCUCAGGAAUGGACUUAUUGAUUCAUUUGACAAUGUUUCAAACAAAAGAUUCUAAUUACUCUUCACUGAUGAAGAAAUUAGUUAGAAGGGUCUUGUGUUUUUUAGUUUAUUUAAAAAAAAAAUAAUAUUGUAGUAUAGCAUAAAGAUGAGAUUCAAGAAUGUGUUUUGGUUAGUUUAGUGACAAUAAAUCAUCCGGUUUUUGUGAGUGAUGCAGCUUUUUGGGAACACUAGUAGUUGCCAGUUGGAAGAAAGAACAGUAAAAGAUUAGGGGUUAGAUUAGUCUUUUGAUUAAUAUUUAUAUUAAUAAUUAUUUUAUUUGUAAUAAGGUAAAGUGGUUGUUAAGGUAAAGGGCUUAUUACUAUUAGCAUUAGCUAAAGUUUCAAGUCAAGACAGCUCAAGUGUUAGUUAUGUAAAAGCUCUUGCUAGUUUGUGUAAUAAAUUAUGCUAUUUUAAGCUAAUAUAUUGGAGUAUUUUUUAUUA